AUGGCAGUGCGGUUAUGGUCGCUUCACUACAUUUACUGGGACGAUGAGUACCUGACAUGGAAUGCCUCAGAACAUGGAGGUGUGGACUCAUUAACCAUUCAUUCUGCUGACAUCUGGAGGCCUGACAUCUUCCUCUACAACAACAUAGCUAAGACCUACGGUGCCAUAGAGCCUAUCACUGAUGUUACCGUGACCAGUGCAGGACGGGUGUCGUACCUACACCCAGCCAUCUACACCAGUGCAUGCCAAGUGGACAUAACAAGGUUUCCAUUCGACAAGCAGGAAUGCAUUCUGGAGUUUGGGUCUUGGAUUUACUCCAGCUCCAAAGUGAACAUAUCCCUGGUGAACCCCAGUGCAGGCCUCAGCAUCUUCACCCAGAAUGUGGAAUGGAUCCUGAACAAGGCACCAAUGGAAAGAAAGGUAGCCUUCUAUCCCUGCUGCACCGAACCCUUUGUCACUAUCUUCCUUACCAUGCAACUGGAGCGUCGGCCCUUCUUCUACAUGUUCAACAUGGUUGCACCCUGUAUCAUCCUGAUGAUCCUGAACGUGUUCGGGUUCUGCAUACCCCCGGACACCGGAAAGCGGCUGGCCUUCUUCGUCACCAUCCUGCUGGCUCUCGUCGUCUUCCAGAAGGUUUUGUCGGACUCUCUGCCCAAAACUUCCAUAACUACUCCUCAGUUGGGUCAGUUCUUCGCUGCCACCAUCGCGUUGGUUGGCUUCUCGUGCCUGGCUUCCAUCAUGGUGAUCCGAAUGUCCUACAGUGGUCCGCCCGCCCGCCCUCUACCCCGCUGGCUCCGUUUAGUUCUGCUACGCUACCUGGCUCGCCUCUUCUGUAUGAACACCAUCACGGAGGAGAAACAUGUGCUUCCUCCCGCCAAAGAUGGUGUCUACAAAGCUUCGGAUAACGAGACCAUCCGACAAAAGGAAACUCCAAAUCUGGCCCUCGAUCUGUCUCUGCGCGAGAUUGUGUGCCACAGCAGGGAAUACUCGGCCCAUGCACGAGAAAGGAGUGAAAAAAAGAAGGACCAGGAUGAGUGGAAGAUGGCGGCUCUUGUGCUAGACAGGGCUCUGAUGUUUGUCGUUGGCGGGGCGACCAUUACUGUUUGUGUGGUCUUACUCCGCUGAACACAAGUAAUUGACUGGAAGAAGCAUGUAUAUGUAGCUUACAUACAUGGCAUGAUCUGUAAGAAUUUUGAUCCAUACAGAUCAUCGCAAGUAUGUAAGCUAAAAAGUUAGUACAUACAUGUAGAAUAUACACCGAGAUGCGCACAUCUCUCAUAAAUACACUACAACUAGAUGAUGAAUACGCGUGUUUAAG